AUGCAAGAGGGGGCCGUUGUGAAAUAUGCGAACCCGGCGUAUAUAACUAACGUGCACAUUUUUACGGUGCGGCGUCGGCGCAACGAUCCCUACCUCACCAACAUUACUGGCACUAUACACACGCCUUUUGGCAAUAAUGUUACGGUAAAGUUCUCCUACUUGCUGCCAAGUGGCAACACAGUCGAUUUCAGCACUCGUACUUGUGAUGCUGUUGAUAAACCUUGGAUGUACGAAUUUGCGGCGACAUACUCUAAUUUAACUGAAUGCCCAGUUAAACCCGGCACAUAUCGCUACUAUAACGUAGAAAUCCCUCCGAAGAACUUCCCUUUGCCCCUCCCCCCCGGUCUCAAGAAGGGGGAUUCUGGCAACGUGAAUGUUAAACUGCUGAGACAUGGAAAGGAAUUAAUUCUGGAUCUAUUUACCAAGGUCCGCGUGUAUUGA